CGCAGAUGCGCGUGAACUCUGCUACCCUCCGCCGUGCACGCGCCGCAUCCUUCACUCAUCGCGCGCUCGUGUGCUGGUCUUGGAGAAGAGAAGGAUAACCGGAAACAGCAGGUUGUUGUUGUUGAAGAAACAUCUUGCAUAAUAACUACUAAAAAAAUACAGCGGCAGGGAAAUGGCUUUGACUCAAGAUAUGAUCUUAACCUUUUUAUUGGAGCACGGGGGAAAAGUGAAAAACUCGGAGCUUGUGAGCAAGUUCAAAGGACUUAUAAACUCCAGCGACCCCGCGGAAAAGAAACAAAACAGAGACCUUUUCAAACGACUGGUCAACAACGUCGCCGUGGUUAAACAAGUCGAUGAUGUAAAGUACGUGGCUGUGAAGAAAAAGUACCAAGGACUCACAGGUGAAAAAAAUACACUGAAUAACAGUUUAUUUGAAUUAAUAUCGCCAUGUAACGUUAGUAGUAACCCCGCGCUUGAUUCCAGUGAAAUAGAGAAUGUGGAUAUUAUUAAUAACAAUUACUGUCAUUGCUCCAUCCAAACUUUGAGUAAUAGCAGUAGUAGUACAAGUGGAAAUGAUGCUGAAAUACCUGACUGUGAUGCAAUUGAGUCUUUGACAGCAAGAGUGCUCAGUGUGACAAGUGAUGCUGGAAGUGGCAAAACAGGAUCCGUUUUCGCUCUUGUGGCCAUAAAAUCUCCACCAAAUCCACGAUGUGAGUUGCAAAAUGACGAAAGGGGAAAAACAUACCUCAAAACACAAACAGCUGAUGCCGAACCACCGCCUUCUACAGCUGAGAGAACCAUUAAAGUCAAGGCAAAUGCGUAUCAGAGCUGUAUUGUGGCUGGAGAAGGUUUUCCAUACAGGUCUCUGAGAGUCAAACGAAAGGAGCUGGAGGCACAGGGUUUGCCACAACUGCGAGGGUGUAGCAAAAUCACCAAACCGGGUGGUAAUGAGGCUAAAGACUCGGAUGGAAUUCCUUUGGGAUCAGUGAAGCAUCAGUGGCUUGUGAAAUCAGCAACAGGAGGCUGGCGUCAAAUCCACAGCCUCCUGCUGCAAGACCCUCAGCUGGCAGAGAAGAGGAAUUUCAUGUCUGGAUUCACAAUCCUGCAUUGGGCUGCUAAAAGCGGAAACGGUGAAAUGGUGUGUAAAGUCAUUGAUCUUUCAAGACAGAGUGGUGCAGGGAUCGAUGUUAAUGCCAAGUCUUAUGACGGGUAUACACCUCUCCACAUUGCCGCCAUUCACAGCCGUGAACGUGUGUGUUCACUGCUGGUGUGUGAAUAUGGUGCCAGCACUAACAUACGGGAUAACAGUGGGAAAAAACCCUACCAUUAUCUAAGUCAAGAUGUGUCAACUGAAAUCAGAAAGAUGCUCGGAGACCCUCGCUGUCUGCGGCAGGAUGCUCGAAAUGAUUUAAAGGAUCAUCAAAACCCGUCAGACCUCCAUAAAGGAUUCAACACUCUGAGUAAACUAUUUCAACCCCACGUCGCUGGACAGAAAGAGAAAUACAGACGUCGGCCGAGCUUUCAUUUCAUUAGAGAGAAAGAACAUUGCACUUAA